GAGAGAAAGUUCCUGGGGAGAGCUCGCCCCCGGGAGGGCUGACGUCGAGGCCGUUCGCCGCUGAGGGUCGCAGGGACGGCACCCGGGCGCUCCAGGAUGGCCCUCCGCGGGUCCCUCCGGCCGCGCAAAGUUCGCAGGAGGCGAGAGAUGCUGCCGCAGCAAGUUGGCUUCGUGUGCGGGGUGCUGGCCCUGGUGUGCUGUGCCUCCGGCUUCUUUGGCAGCUUGGGGCAUAAAACAGCUUCUGCUAGCAAGCAUGUUCUACCAGACACAUGGAGACAUAGAAAGCUGAUGGCACCUAUGAACGGGACUGAGACAGCUAGGAAUUGCACAGAUCCUGCGAUUCACGAGUUCCCCACAGACCUGUUCUCCAACAAGGAGCGACAACAUGGAGCCGUCCUGCUGCAUAUUCUCGGUGCUCUGUACAUGUUCUACGCCUUGGCCAUAGUCUGCGAUGACUUCUUUGUUCCGUCUCUAGAGAAGAUCUGCGAGAAGCUCCAUCUGAGUGAAGACGUCGCUGGAGCCACCUUCAUGGCUGCGGGAAGCUCGACACCUGAGCUGUUUGCCUCCGUAAUUGGCGUGUUCAUCACCCACGGAGAUGUUGGGGUUGGAACCAUCGUGGGCUCUGCCGUGUUCAACAUCUUGUGCAUAAUUGGCGUUUGUGGAUUAUUUGCGGGGCAGGUGGUCCGUCUGACAUGGUGGGCUGUGUGCCGAGACUCCGUGUACUACACCCUGUCUGUCAUCGUGCUCAUUGCUUUCAUAUAUGAUGAAGAAAUUGUGUGGUGGGAAGGACUGGUGCUCAUCAUCUUGUAUGCGUUUUACAUUCUGAUCAUGAAGUACAAUGUGAAGAUGCAGGCCUUUUUCACCAUCAAACAAAAGGCCGUUGCCAAUGGCAACACGGUCAACAGUGAGCUGGAGGAUGUGAAGGAGGAGCCUCAGUACAGCAAAAACCCAGUGGUGAUGGUGGACGAGGUCAUGAGCUCCAGCCCUCCCAAGUUCAGCUUCCCGGAGGCGGGCUUACGCAUCAUGAUCACCAAUAAGUUUGGGCCCAGGACCCGACUGCGGAUGGCCAGCAGGAUCAUAAUUAAUGAGCGGCAGAGACUGAUCAACUCGGCUAACAGUGUCAACAGCAAGCCACUUCAAAACGGGAGACACGAAAACAUCGAGAACGGGAACGUUCCCAUGGAAAACCCCGAAGACCCUCAGCGGGAGCAGGAACAACCACCCCAGCCGCCACCCCCACCCCCAGAGCCGGAGCCGGUCGAGUCUGCCUUCCUGUCCCCCUUCUCCAUGCCCGAGGCAAGAGGGGACAAAGCCAAAUGGGUGUUCACCUGGCCACUCAUCUUCCUCCUGUGCAUCACCAUCCCCAACUGCAGCAAGCCCCGCUGGGAGAAAUACUUCAUGGUCACCUUCAUCACCGCCACGCUGUGGAUCGCUGUCUUCUCCUACGUAAUGGUGUGGCUGGUGACUAUUAUUGGAUACACUCUUGGGAUCCCCGAUGUCAUCAUGGGCAUCACUUUCCUGGCAGCGGGCACGAGUGUUCCAGACUGCAUGGCCAGCUUAAUCGUGGCGAGACAAGGCCUUGGUGACAUGGCGGUCUCAAACACCAUAGGAAGCAAUGUAUUUGACAUCCUAGUGGGACUCGGCAUACCGUGGGGCCUGCAGACCAUGGUUAUUAACUAUGGGUCCACGGUGAAGAUCAACAGCCGGGGUCUGGUCUAUUCCGUGGUGUUGUUGCUGGGCUCUGUCGCUCUCACUGUCCUCGGCAUCCAUCUCAACAAGUGGAGACUUGACCGGAAGCUGGGCGUCUGCGUGCUGGCCCUCUACGCCGUCUUCUUGUGCUUCUCCAUAAUGAUCGAGUUUAACGUCUUCACCUUUGUCAACUUGCCCAUGUGCCGAGAAGACAAUUAAAGCCCAGCCGCUGCCC